AUGACCUCUCUACCUCCUCAGCGCCAACAGCCCUCCCAACAGCGCCGAUCGUCGCCUGAAGCCUCAUCCUCGCAACAACACCGGAGAUCAAGCAUACCUCAAUCUACGACUUCGGAAGACUCACAAACUGUUCUACUAAACCACCCCUCGUCGUCGGAAUCCUCUCCGGAGCCAGAGCCUCAGCCGAAGCAACAAGCGAGGCCGAAAAUACAAACAGCGGAAUCAAAUAAGGAACCUCGAAAAUGCUGGAUAUGCUUUGCGGACGAGACAGAAGAUACUCCAACUUCUUCUGAGUGGCGGUCACCUUGUCCAUGUUCUCUGACAGCUCACGAGUCGUGCCUCCUGGACUUUGUGGCGGACCUGGAAGCCCCACAAAACAGGAAGAGCUAUGGCCCUCCGAAGAUAGAAUGCCCGCAGUGCAAAGCCAAGAUCACCAUAGCUCGGCCUCGUAGUCUUAUUGUGGAAGGUGUGCGAGCAGUGCAGCGCGCUGCUGCACGACUCAUCUUGCCCUUCACUUUCGUCACCUUGGCUGGAACGGUAGUCACGGGAUGUCGGAUGCACGGGUUUAGCACCAUCUACCUUUUAUUUGGCCCUGAGGACGCCGAGCGUUUGUUAGGAAUCGAUAAUGCCGUCGGUAUCUACAGCAGAUGGGCCCUGGGUCUGCCCUUUAUUCCCCUCGCACUCAUAGCUGCGAGGACCAGAUACGCUGACAACCUCUUACCUAUCCUGCCAAUAUUCUAUUUUGCGUCGACUGGCCCGCAACGGGACGGCCCACUUUGGCCACCAAGUGCUUCAAUGACCGUGGCUAUCUUACCCUACAUUCGCGCGGCGUACAAUGAAUUCUACGACAGAGUAUGUGCGCCGAGGGAGAAGGCUUGGAUCAAGCAGAUCCAACCGCGAGCUGGUGAUCAUGAAGGAGACGAAGAGCAUGAACAAAAUCAAGAACAAGCAAAUGAAUUCGAGGAUGGUAUGGACAUCGGGCUUGAUCUACAGGUCGAGAUUGUUGAAGAGGAGGAAGGCCACGAAGAAGGGCAGCCAGCAGGUAACGCUCCGGAGGAAGAGCAGGGCCCCGCCAAUCAAGGUCAAGACCGAGUUCAAGAUCAGAAUCCGAACCAGAAUCGGCCUGCGGAAGGUAACCAAGCUCAUGUCCCAAAUGUACAACGGCGUUUACACCACCAUCAACAUCAACACCAACACCAAAAUCAGAACGGGGUACAGGGUCUCGUCCUGAAUUUCUUCUCUCUACCUCAAACCAUCAUGGGUGCUCUACUCUUCCCUAGUAUCUCUGCGGCCAUGGGUGCUCUGCUUCAAGUAGCAUUACCUCGUUCUUGGACAACACCACCAGGCCGCUGGGAUCGAUAUCCAGCUGGUUUCUUGCAGUCUCGCUUUGGGAGGAGCAUCGUCGGAGGGUGUUUGUUCGUUGUGUUGAAGGAUACGCUCAUGCUAUACUCGAGGUAUAGAUUGGCACAGGACCACAAAAGGAGAAGGGUGGUCGAUUAUGAUGCGAAGAAAGGGAAGAAGGCCGGUGCAACUAGGUAA